AUGGACAAUAUACUCGAAAUACGCGCACCAAAAGGUGGCGGUGGUAAAUUCGGAGGCGGCGGCGGCAAAGGCUUCAAAGGUAGCGGCAGCUACGGAGUCGGCUACGCGGGCGGCGGACAUGGUGGCGGCUUCCUCCCGAUUUGGGCAUCGGUUCUUAUCGCCUUUUGCGUUAUAUGGUUCUGCAUCUUUAUAAUAUUCUUCGUUCACUUUUUGCGAAAUGACUACAUCCUCACAAAACCAAGCGAACGGCGACACUCCGGUGCAUCGCUAAUAUUCCGCAUCCUCUGGAAAGCCUUUAAAUACGCGACGCUGAUCCAAGCGGUAAUAUGGGCUGUUCGAAAAGUUCGCGCAUCUUGUUGCACGAACCGAGGAACGAAGAAAGUCGGCAGUACCUUCUACCGAAAAGUCGACAAAGAAGAAAAGGGUGAAAUAGAUGGAAAUAGCGACAUUGGGGUACCACCACCCUCCCGAAUCCGAGAUGAAUCUCCGGAUUCAUUUAGACACCAUCCUAGCCUUGAAAGGCGGUAA